UGCAGCCAUGGCUAUUUCCUUCCGUGUACCUUGUGCCUGCAAUUAUAGCUGCAAACAACCACUGGUUAUAAAACGAAUGCAUAUAGAGCAAGCACGCAGGGGGCGAUAGAACAACGAAGAGCUGCUUAAAUACUGCUAAUUCGAAACUUAGACCGGAUAAUGCAAUCCUUGAACCUCCCAAUACCAAUUUACAACAACAAUCUAGCUCCUCAAAAAGCUGACAAGCAUUCUCUCUUUAGAAACACAAGAGACCAAACGCACCGUUUCCCUACUUCGCUUCUCGCGGCCAAACAUGACCUGGUUCCCAAAGAGGAAGAAGAUAAAGGGGUGGCGUCUGUGCCUUUGCCGGAGGGGCUACUGAGGGAGGCGAUGCCCCGUCACGUGGCGGUGAUAAUGGAUGGCAAUGCGAGGUGGGCCAGGCAGCGUGGGUUUAUAGCAGCAUCCGCUGGGCAUGAAGCUGGUGCACGGUCACUUAGGGAGCUUGUUGAGUUGUGUUGUGACUGGGGGAUUGGAGUUCUCACUGUUUUUGCCUUCUCUUAUGAUAAUUGGAUUAGGCCUAAGGUCAGUAGCCUUCCCUCUCUCUUCCUUUCUUUUGUGCAGGAGGAGGUUGAUUUCUUGAUGAGUUUAUUUGAAAGGCUGUUGGUGUCCGAGUUGGAUAAUUUAGUGAGGCAGGGCGCUCGAGUCUCUACAAUUGGAGACUCGUCCAGGCUCUCGGAAUCUCUGAAGAAACUGAUAAGUGACUUAGAGGAGAAGACGAAAGACAACUCCAGACUUCAUCUCAUCGUGGCAGUCGGCUAUAGUGGGAAAUAUGAUGUUACAAAGGCAUGCAAAAGCAUUGCUCAAAAGGUAAAGGAUGGUACUGUUCAACUAGAAGACAUCGAUGAAAGCCUACUUGAACAGGAAUUGGAAACAAAUUGUACCGAAUAUCCAUGCCCUGAUUUAUUGAUAAGAACCAGUGGAGAACUUAGAAUCAGCAAUUUCUUACUGUGGCAGCUGGCCUACACUGAACUCUUCUUCGCAGAAGCACUCUGGCCUGAUUUUGGAAAAGCUGAGUUUAUAGAGGCCUUAACUUCCUACCAGCAAAGACAGAGACGCUAUGGUGGAAGACGUUCAUAACUGCAUGCUAUUUGAACUUCAAGAAUUAUUGACACGAAUUAAUGCCUUUUGUGUCAGGCAAAGCUAUAUUGUUUUUUUAAA